GUWAACAUGAUUUACGUCCGCGCAGCAGUGUGCCACGCUUCGGCAAACUCGGCUGCUGUUCCUUCAAUAGGAGAGUAGUAGCCUAGCCUAUGAAGAGCAGAAGAAACGUGAGGGAGACAUAACACCGAGAGAGAAACAGACGGAGCGGCACAAAGGAGAGAGGAGAGUGUUGUGCGGGAGGGCGAUAUAGAGGGRGAUGAGAGGAGAUGCAGGCAGUGGCCUAGAUGUGCGAAUCGCCAAGAGUUGCUCUUUCUGGUUCACUGGAUGGAGGCUGCUCCCGCGCAGAGAGGACUAGRGAAAAUAUGGGGAUGUUUUACGCGGUUUGUUGAAGUCUACACAGUGAACCGUUACUUUUUUUCAGUACGUUUGUUAGUUCAAUCAAUAGUGUUCUGUAUUUUUACGUAGUCUACAUUGUGUGUGUUUUGGGGAGAAAUGGGUCAAUAAUUUGGAAGCCCCAUGCAGUAGCGCACAGUCCCACACACUGCCGCGCGUUAUGGCUCUCUCUAGCAAACAUGGUAUGAAAAUGCACUGAGCCGUUUACAUUUACACACUGCAAAUAUAUAGUUCACGCCGCUUCCUUCGCUCCCCCUAUGUGAUGGCGAUGGAAGUGGAAGCUGACAGUGGCAGAGGUAUAUCAAGGAGGGCUCAUGAGAAAUGCCCGCGGGCGGUGGAGCGCAACGGCUAUGUGAAAACAUGUGUCACUCCUCUGUAUCAGGACGCAGGCUGCCAGUCGUGGCUGAGACUCGCAGAAAUAUGGAGUUCCCGGAGACUGUCCUCCGCAGUGUGUGUGGGCUCUGUCUCGGUUAUUCUCGCUUUGCUGGUCAGAUUGGUUGACUGGGACGUGGAGCAGCAGAGUUGCGGCAGUAACAGAGAGAAUAACGGCGAGUCUGGAUCUCUAGUUCAUUUCGUGGCGAGCUGUGUGGUGGAACUGUUGUUGAACGUAUGGUACCUGGUGUCCCCUGUCUUCACUCUCGUAUGUGCCUUCUUUUGGGUUGGCUUGUACCUGAUCCGCUGCGGGGUGCUGAUCCGGACCGCGGUGUUUCUGUUGGCAGUGUGUCACUUGGGCGAAGCCGCGGCGCAGUCUCUCCUGCACGGUGCGGAGGACCAGUUGCUGUCGUUUACCGCCACCGUGGUGGUUCUGUCCUGUCUAGCCGGCGGGGCGCUGAUGGUGGUCAGGCUCGGACAGGGGGUUUCCGUCAUCGUCUUCAUCAGCAUCAUCAGGACUGUGUCUCUCGUCUCCCUCAACAAGGUCCGGGCCAGCUGGAGACCCUACCUGGCGUACCUGGUAGGAGUGCUGGGGGUCCUGCUAGCGAGGUAUGCUGACCGGCUCCUGACGGGCUCAGGGCCACUCGGGGCGGGUUGUAGCUACGUGACAGCGGGGAAGGAAGAUAAUAUCAUUCCCGUGUUUAAAAGACGACGGAGGUCCAGUUCGGUGGUCUCUUCAGACAUGGCGCACAGUCACAGCAACAGCAAGUCCCACCGAAGGACCUCGCUCCCAUGCAUUCCACGGGAACAGAUGAUCUCACAGACUGAAUGGAACCACAAGAGGGGUGCCCGGGGAUCCCAGUCGUCGGGCACCAGUGUGMUGGUGGACAUAGCGGUGAUGGGGGAAGCCCAUGGAUUGAUCUCAGACCUGCUGGCGGACCCCUCUCUGCCCCCCAACACCUGCAGUACCCUGCGGGCUGUCAGUAACCUGCUCAGUACCCAGAUCAGUUUGCAGCCGCUGCACAGGCCUCGAAUCAGCCCUCUGCAGUCACUCAGCGACUCACACACCUGCUCCGACUCCGAGGACUGGCCAGAGAGAGAGAAACUCGCCAUCCCAAAGCGUCUGAGACGGAGCCUGCCUCCAGGCCUGCUGAGAAGGAUCUCCUCUACAUGGACCACCACCACCUCAGCUACAGGUCUUCCCACCAUAGAACCAGGACCCGUACGCAGAGACCGCUCUGCCAGCAUCAAACCCCUCCACGACAGUCCACCAUGCAGCAUGGUGAACAGUGAGUCGUGGAACAGCUCUGUAAUGCUCACCAUCUCGAAGAGUCGCUCCAUGUCUGCCUCCUACUCUGCUUCAGCCACCUCCAACCACCUCUACAACAGACGAAUGACCAGACCAGGUUACCCCUCUUCCAACAUAUCACCUCUGGCCUCUCCCUGCCACUCCCCUUCAGUCCAGGGGACCCCUGUCUCCAGCCCCACCACCAAGUCCUGCUCUGUGGACCUACCAGACCCUGUGGACAGCCAGGGAGAGAGGCCUGUGGGCCCCCAGACCCCACACAGAGCCUUAACACACAGCAUCAGUGCCCCUAGCUCCACCACACCGCACUGGGGGCCACCAUCUCUCUGCAGCAGCUGUGGUAGACCGUACAGCAGGCUGAGCCAUGGGGAGGGGUCUAUGGACAAAGGGGACAUAAUACCCCACCCUGAUGACCCGGCAGUGGCAUCGUCAGACUAUGAGAGCACCUACGAGACCAACCACAGUGACAGCAUUGUUCUAUGUGUGUUCCAGGUUUCCUACCGCCUGUUUGAGGACACGGGACUGUUUGAGACGUUCAAGAUUCCUGUCAGGGAGUUCGUGAACUAUUUCCAUGCUCUGGAGAACGGAUACAGGGACAUCCCAUCCYUACAGUUUGCAGACUGGAGGCUGUGGAAGUUCCCAGAACAGUGUUUCCAUUUCCGAUUUGUUACGACAAUGCCCAGCACCCCUCACCUCAUUUACCUGUGUAUCUAUCUCUCUGACCCUUCUAUCCCUGUGUGUGUGUCCCCAGACUCUGACAGUGGGCUCCUCAACCCCAGCCAUAUAGGCCAUACAGGGUUCCUMGUUUCUAAGAUGUCUGCYGUGAUGGAGGAGGGUUAUGGAUGUCUGUCUGGCCUCAUCCCAUCCCUGGAGCUCAUGGCUCUGUAUGUGGCUGCAGCCAUGCACGACUACGACCACCCUGGACGGACCAACGCCUUCCUCGUGGCAACUAGCGCUCCUCAGGCCGUGCUAUAUAACGACCGCUCUGUGUUAGAGAACCACCACGCUGCGUCGGCCUGGAACCUGUUCAUGUCCCAGCCAGAGUACAACUUCCUGGGCAACCUGGAGCAUGUGGAGUUCAAACGCUUCCGCUUCCUGGUCAUCGAGGCCAUCCUCGCCACCGACCUGAAGAAACACUUUGACUUCCUGGCAGAGUUCAACGCCAAGGUGGGUGACGAUGGCUGCUCGGGCAUUGACUGGUCCAAUGAGAACGACCGGUUGCUGGUGUGUCAGAUGUGCAUCAAACUGGCGGACAUCAACGGCCCACUGAAACACAAGGACCUGCAUCUACAGUGGACCGAGGGCAUCGUCAAUGAGUUCUAUGAACAAGGCGAUGAGGAGUCGAGUCUGGGCCUUCCCAUCAGCCCCUUCAUGGACCGCUCUGCGCCACAGCUCGCCAAGCUCCAGGAGUCCUUCAUCACGCACAUCGUGGGUCCGCUCUGUUCCUCCUACGACUCCGCCGCCCUCAUGCCGGGGAACUGGGUCGACCCCGCCGACGCACGGAGGAAGGAGGGAGAGGAGGAAGAGGAGGUGGGGGAACGAGAGACAGAGGAGGAAGAGGAGGAUACAACAGAGGAGGAUGUGUCGACGAGCUCUGAGAGUUCCCAGAAGCACMUGGUGAAGCUUAAGGAGAGCAGGAGGAGAGUGUUCUGUCCCAUCACUCAGCACCUUCUGGACAACCACGAAAUGUGGAAGAGAGUCAUCGCCUCGGAAACCCAGGACACGCCGGACAGAGAGGCGCCUAACUGCCUCAGCAACCCCGCAGAGCCAAUCACAGCCAUCCACGAGGAGGAGGAGCCAGCCAGCAAGGAGGAGCCAAUAGAUGGCCAGGGAGAGGAGACGGAAGGGGAAGAGACGGGGCUUGCAGAGGAAGUGGCCGAGCAAUCAGAGACUGCGGAGAAAAGGGAGGAGGAGCUGGAGUGAGAGGAUUAUCUUUGACCCUUGAAGAUCAYGAAACGGAACAUUUAUCCAAACUCAUACCCUCUCCCAACUAGACUUUCUGUCUCAUGUCAGAAAUUAUACCCUAUUCCCCAUGUAGU